ACAAGUUAAUGCAUCAUCGUGCAUUUCGAAUUCCCAAAGCCCUUAACAGGAAGGCCACAUUUUGUGCUCAUAAGAAACAAGUAUCUGCUAUUUCAUCCCUAAACGUCUUUCAUGGCAUGCUUUUUAACAUUCUUAAUGCUCAUAAAAAGCACUUGAACCUAGUAUUCCGUCCUUCAUGAUUGCAUAGAAACCUUUUAACAUACUUAUGAUGUAUGUGGAUUUGACACUGGCUUGCAUGAAGUGUUUUUUUUGUUCUCAUCAAUACUUUAAUUCUCGAAAAUAAAGAGUUAAUGAUAGAGGCAGAAGCGAGCUUUACUUAGUGUGUGAUCUUUAGUCUUUUCUGGUAGUUGUUGAGUGCUAACUGGUACAGAUCAAGCUGUGCAGAUUUGACAAGAAUUGUGAUUACCAACUCUUUCAAGUCAUAGACUUCAACAUCAUUCCUCCUCGACUGGCAGGUCAUUUAUGUUAAAAAAGAAUGGGAGCUGGGAGAAAGACGACAACACUCGCUCUUAAGGAGAAAACCAAAUCCAUGUCGACAGUUAACUUUAGUGCAUCAGCUAGGAAUCUGAGAAAGGCCGAGCUUGGAGCAGUAAUUUUUGGAUGCACGCAUGCCACGCAUAAGGAAUGCCUGCUCAAACAGCUGUUUGGUUUACCAGAACCUCAUUUCUCAUAUGUGAAGAAAAUCAGCAUGGGUUUAACACUAUUCCUAUUCAACUAUAGUGAUCGUAAGCUCCAUGGCAUCUUUGAGGCUGCUAGCCAUGGACAAUUGAAUAUCAAUCCAUAUGGGUGGACUAAGACUUCUGAUGGAUCAGAACGUACAGCAUAUCCAGCACAGGUAAGAAUCCGAGUCCGACAAAGGUAUUGUCCCUUGACUGAAGAUCAGUUUGCCUCAAUCAUUGGCGACAACUAUUAUGCGCGAGGGUUCUUUUGGUUUGAGCUGGAUCGAAGCCAAACCAGAAGAUUGGUUGACUUGUUUUCAUCUUUGCCAGCCUUAGAUGAAGCUACUGGCCUGCUAAAGUCAUCUAUGUGGAACAAUCUUUUCAAAAGUCUACCAAUGACUAGACCAGUAGGCGAAAUGAAAGACCGGGAUUCAGAGGAAAGACCGGAUCACUUGGAUCACAGUGGUUGGGCAGAUGCUUCCAUUGGUACUACUAGGAAGCUAAAUUGUGGGAAUUCUGUGCUAGGAAGCACUAGUGCAUCUACACCAGUAAUCGAACCCAAGUCUUAUACACAUAAGUUGUGGAGUUCAUUGUUUAAAUCUUCAGCUUCAGACAUGGAUAAGCCAGAUGCAACUUCUGACAUGGACAAGAUAGAUCCGAUGCUGAACUCAUCUUCAAGUCCCACUUCACCACCCCCAGAUAAAAAUAGAAUGGAUUGGGAAUUAUGCCUUGCAACUUCUGUUGACAAAGAAGGGCAUAAGUAUCAAGCGUGGGGCUUAGCGGAUCAUGAAGAACCUGUUGAAUCGACAUCGAGCUUUAUCUAUUCUUCACUGCAGAAUGAGUCAAUCUGCCCCAGUCAGCAGAGCAAGUUAUUUGAAAGGCAAUACACAGAACAGGAGAGUGAGCAUUCUGAAAUCAUCACUACUUCUGAGUUGAAUCUUCAGCAGAUGAAUGAACUGAAAAUUGAAUGGGAGUCAUCGUGUGGAGAAAGUCAGAAUUCAGAAUCCUCUACGGGCAAUGAUAAUGUCGAAAUGCCGGAUGAUGGACCAAAAAGUCUGAUGGGCUUAAAGGAGGAAGGUCAAAGAGAUACUUCUCAGACAUCUUUAGCUGUUAACAUUGGUUCUGAAGAUAGAAAUUCCGAAGUGCUGGAGAUACCCCAACAAGUGGACCCUUCUGAACUUUUAGCCGUUGUAGAUAAGUUAAUGGGAGAAGUGGAGGGAUUGAAGAGGUCUAAGUUGGAACAAGACCUGAAAAUCAUGUCUUUGGAGCAAGAGCUGGUUCAUUCCAAAUUGGAGCUUCGACGGUUGAUGAACAUACAUAAUACAUUGGAACCUGAGCCAUUGUAUUCCUCAAGGAAUUUUGAGGAAUCUGUGGUCAUUGUAGGAGGAUAUGAUGGUUCUUCAUGGCUUCAAUCCUUGGAUUCCUACUUCCCUUUGCACGAUCGUGUGGAAACACUUAGCCCAAUGACCUUUUCAAGGUCGCAUGCAUCGUCAGUGAAAUUAAAUGGUGAAAUUUUUGUACUUGGUGGGGUAUAUGGUGAUGUGUGGUUCAAUACAGUUGAAUCAUACAGUCCAUUGAAAAAUCAAUGGAUACAGUAACCUUCCCUGAAUGAGAAGAAGGGGAGCUUAGCUGGAGCUUCUUUGAAUGAUAAAAUUUUUGCUAUUGGUGGUGGAAAUGGUGCUCAAUGUUUUUCAGAGGUGGAAAUGUUUGAUUUCAACAUUGGAAACUGGAUCUCUGCUCGGCCAAUGAUGGAAAAGCGGUUUGCUGCAGCAACAGCAGAUAUUCAUGGUGCUAUAUAUGUUGUUGGUGGUUAUGAUGGGAAGGCUUAUCUGAAAUCUGUUGAAAGAUUCGAUCCGAGGGAACAUACGUGGACUACAAUUGGAAGCAUGAAAACGAGGAGGGGAUGCCACUCUCUGGUUGCCUACAAUGAGAAGUUAUAUGCGUUGGGCGGUUAUGAUGGAGACAACAUGGUUUCAUCUGUUGAGAUACUUCAUCCGCGAUUUGGUUCAUGGGUGAUGGGAGAGCAGAUGAGUAGUCCCAGGGGUUACUCUGGAGCAGCUGUGGUGGGAGGAAAUAUAUGGGUAAUUGGCGGAGUGAACGAUCAUGAGGAAGUCCUAGAUACGAUUGACUGCUUUGAAGAUGGCUACGGUUGGCAGAUGAGUAACUCAGGGUCUUUAGGGAAGAGAUGUUUCCUCUCUGCCAUUGUGUGAUGAAUUUGGCAAAAAUAUUUUAACAUUUUGGUGCUAAUUCAAAUAGCUAGUGGUAAUGCUGUUACCAUGACACAGGCUAUGAUGAUAUCACUGCACAUAUUGCUUAUCCAGAACUGUAAAUGAUACAAGUACAAUCAAACUUCUCUUUAACAGUCAUCCUCUAUUAUAGCACUUUUACUGUA